AUGUACUUUACGAAGAAUCUCUUUGCCCUCAUCGCGGUCGGCCUCUAUGCCGGCACUGUCACUUGCGAUGACUACGGAUCCUGGCAUGUGCAGAUCAAUCUCAGUGGGGGAGCCCAAGGUCACAGGCUCGGAGAACUCCACGCCGUACACUCAAGUACGCCGAAUGAGGAGAGCUACGCAAGAUGGCUGUACGAUCCUACAGUGGGAUACACUGUCUACACCUCCGAGGACCCUACUCUGAACAACACUUGGAUUGACACUAUUGGCGUCCACACUUUUGAGAUACAGCAAGAAGUUCUCGGUGUUCCCUUGAAGGGAUCCGGACCCAUCGAGAUCUUCUUCAACAAGAACGGAAACGGGCGAAGUGCUUUUGGAAAUGCCACCAUUGUCUCAGAGUUGGAUGAGUGA